GCUGUGAACAAGACAGUGUUUGCGAACUGUGAGCUUCGUAGCGUGAGAUUGAGCAUGGAUGCAGAAGGAGCGGACCCAGCGAUCAGUCAACUGACAAGUCUCAAGGAUGAUCUCAAAUAUCCUGAUCCAAACUUACGGCCCGAUAGCACUAAAUUCAAGAGAGAGCUGGAUGCUCGUGCAAAAGAAGAAGUGGAACUCUUCUACGUACGUUGGAACUCAGACGUUCUCAUACCGGCUCGGUUCCCAAUCUCAACUUUGCUGAGGCUUCUGCAAGCCGCCAGCACGGCCCUCCACACCACGGCAUCGCCCUCCACUGGAGAGCUUCCUACGAAACGUACCAUCUCCUCGAUCGCCCGAGAAGAUCGACCAUGCACACGUAGUACUUCGCAGCGGGGGCGAUCCCAUAGUCGCUCCUCAUCGACACAAAGCUGCAGUGAGCGUCCUAGAGCCCGGCGUGGCUACACGCCGAGAGGACGCUGACGAAGUUGAUGGAGUUUGGCAUG